AUGCAUACCCGGCGGAUAUCAGUGGGUGGAGGAGCGGAGCACGAACGGCCGGUGGUGGUCAGAAAUGAGCUCGUCAAUUUGGCGGUUGAGGCCGAAAGGCGGUCAAAAGGGUUAGAGGUUCGACCGCAUUUCACCCCUGACUUCCUGGUGGGGUCAAAGUGGUAUAAUUUACCACCAACUGGCGGAGAAAUUUCCGUCGAACUUAAGGGGAAGGUGGAGUUGCAAGCUAUGCCCUUAAGAGUGUUGGUUGAAGGUGAAUAUAGUGGUCAAGAGUGUCAGUUGAUGCAAAAUUGGACUUGGGAACAAUUGAAAGCCUGA